AUGGACGAAGAUCCUCCAGAGACCCCAGCAUCAGGGUCACCCUUGUCGGACAUCGACUCUGAUGAGUUUCCUGAAGAAGUCAAAUUUGGUAACAGACAGCGCUCUGGCUCAAGAGACUCUACCAUCUCUGCGUCGGAUGACGAGACAACAUCGGCCAUGAGUACUACAGCGCCAGUCGACAUGCCUCCCGCCAAACGUCGCAAGACAGGGGCGUCCAGCUACGAUCAUGCCACUCCUCAAUCAGCCUCGACCGUCAUUCCUCCACGGUCCCCUACAGGCUCGAUCUCAAGCGAUACCUCAGGCUCUGUCCCCACGUCGCCGUCAUUCGCAAACCUUGGCCCUACACAUCCUCUCUCCACCGCGUACGCCGCAGCUCAAGCCAACCCUGAGAACCCCGACUCAGCGGACUACAUCCAAGUGACCAAGUGUCUGUGGGAAGGCUGUGUAGAUCAGGAACAGGGCAACAUGGACAAUCUAGUAGCACACAUCAACGACAUUCAUAUCGUACCACGCCAAAAGAAGUACUACUGUGAAUGGGAAGGCUGUGUGAGGAAGGGGCAACCCCAUACUAGCGCAUACGCGUUGAAGGCUCACAUGAGAAGCCAUACCAAGGAGAAGCCGUUCAUGUGCCAGCUGCCAGAAUGCGACCGGAGUUUCACCAGAUCUGACGCUCUAGCUAAGCAUAUGCGUACUGUGCACGAAACAGAGGCAUUGCGGCCUAGUGACCCUGUGCCUCGAGGUCAUACAGGAGGCAUCUCAAACGGAGGAGCCUCUCUCAUGCCACCAAAGAGGUUGAAGUUGACAAUGGGCGGCAAGACAAAUGGCGACAAAAAGGCCACUUUGAUCGGAGAUCUACCACCACUACCAACUCGGUACACUCUUUCCCUGGCGGGGAUCAACCCAGAAGACGUCAGAAUGGCAGAUGACAACGACUCUGACGAUCUGGUCGAUGCCGUCGACGUUGAUAUUGUGCCAAUGACUCUUCCUCUCCCUCUAGACUACUACCCGCCCGACAUCUGGGAGGAUAUGGAUGAGAGCGAGCGUUCUCUGCCUCCGUCCCAGUGGUUUCGGCUCCUGCGCAGACAAAUCCACUGGGCCGAGUCAGAAAGAAACGGGUUGCAAAGAGAACUGGAAGAGCUACGAGCAAUGACCGAAGACGCAAGAGGCCAUCCGAUCAGGAGAGGAUUGGGCGAUGAGAAAGGGGCUGAUGAAAACCGGAGGAUGGAGUGGGAGCGGUCAGAGGAAAUCUUGGAGACGCUGUUGCGGGCUGAGGUUGGUCAAGCACUAGAGAUGGUCACUGGUGAGGCGCCAGAUCCAACGAGCGAGCAGAACCCAUGGGAAAUGCUCAAGGUGGUCCAGGCGCUCAGCACUACUUCGGCAGCAUAG